GAUUAUUAUUACCUGCAUUUACUGCAUUGGCGGGUCUUUCCGAUGGGCGUCCUCCAGCUAAGCUCCAAUCUUCAAUAAAAGCUUCUGCUGGAAUCAUUGAAUUCCCUACUGUUACAGCAUUAUUAGCAGGAGUAUUAGCAUAG